UGGGAAGGGGGAGCAGAAGAGGAGAUGGAGAGAAUAAUAAUAAGGAGGUGGAGUAUUUACCAGUCAAAUAAUUAGGUGAGACAGACAGUAGAUACAGAUCAGCAGUGCACACAGCAACAUCACUGAUUCUAAGUGUAUGACAUGGAAACAAAAAUUAUCUACUUCACAAUGAAUGGGAGACCGGAGCAGGCUGAGUUUCCACUGGAUUGCCCUGCCCAGGACGUCAAAGGGCCAUUCUUUCCAGAUCUGUUCCGCUCUGCAGCCGAGGCAGGACCCCACGACAUCCUGAAGCUGUACAACCCCAAAGGCAACAUCAUCAACAUCUCUCCAAAUCUGGAGCCCAACAGCCCACAGUCCCGCUACAAGCUGGAGGUGGUGGCUGCCGACUGCAACAGUGCAGAACUUGCUGGUGCACUAGGAUUUGACCUGUCAUCCAUGGAGAAAAGACUGCAGGACCUGGAGAAGAAAAUCCUAAUCGAGGCUGGAGAGACUCCUGCAGUUGUGUAUGAGAUGAAGAAACAGGUGGAUUCAUUCCGGGAGAAAUUAGAGAGUGUGGAGCAUCUGAGCUGGCUUGGAUUGUUUAAAGACCUGUCAGAGGGAACACACAAGCCCUCCCCAUUUUACCACAAGAGAACCCUGCGCAAAACCAGGGAGGAGUGUGAGCAUGUACAGGAAAAGUUCCUUCAAAUGAGCUCUCUGGAGGUAUCAGAAGAAGUGAGGCAGUACUUAAAGACCCCAAACUUUGACAACUGGCAGUGGGAGGAUGCAGAGAUCAUGGUGCUCCUACAGGUCAUGUAUACAGAUUUAGAUUUCAUAGCAACCUUCACCAUUGAGUCUGACAUACUACAACGGUUCCUGUUCGAAGUCUACCGACGAUAUAACAACAUCCCAUUCCACAACUUCAAACACUGCUUCUGUGUUACUCAGAUGACUGUGUGCAGCAGAACAUCUACAGCUUCCAUUGUACUUCCCUGUUUCUUGGAACAGAUGUACGGUUUGAUUUGGCUGACCGACCUGAGGCGUAAGAUGGACGGUAUCGACCUGCUGAUCAUGCUGACCUCUGCAGUCUGCCAUGACCUCGACCACACAGGGUACAACAAUGCAUAUCAGAUAAAUGCUCGGACUGAACUUGCUCUUCGCUACAAUGACAUCUCUCCGCUGGAGAACCAUCACUGUGCUGUAGCGUUUGAGAUACUGGAGAAGACAGAGAGCAACAUCUUCAGAAAUCUGCCCAUGGAUCAAUACAAACGGAUCAGAGAGGGAAUAAUCAAAUGCAUUCUGGCCACUGACAUGACGAGGCACAAUGAGAUUCUCAACAAGUUCAAGUCCAUCCUUCCUGCCUUUGACUUUGCCAAUAAGGACCACAAAGAUGUGCUGAUGAUGAUUCUGAUCAAAGUAAGCGACAUAUCCAACGAGGCGCGGCCCAUGGAGGUGGCUGAGCCCUGGCUGGACUGUCUUCUACAGGAAUUCUUCAACCAGAGUGAUGUGGAGAAACUCGAGGGUCUUCCAGUCACCCCCUUCAUGGAUCGAGACAAAGUAACCAAACCCUCAUCUCAAACGGGUUUCAUCCGAUUUGUCCUUCUGCCUCUCUUCAUGGAGCUAGCCAACCUCUUCCCCUGCCUGGAGCAACACAUUAUUGACCCAGUACGGAAGGCUCUUGAUUACUACACAGAGAUGGAGAAAGCUCUGGAGAGGGAGAAACAGAACCGAGCUCAGAGCGAGAAUGCCGCCAAGAGCAAGGAGACAGCUGUAGGCAUGCAGAGCUCCGCUGACAGCCACUCAGACGCCGGGCCUGAACCCUCGACACCAGGCAACACGUUUAAAGACUGAUCGCAGCCCAUCCUAGAUAUCAUACCUAAAGAUGACUGUGUAACAUUAUGCUGACGAGGACGUAGACAGCCAUUUAUUUGCAAGAGGAAAAGAAAAACAAGGCAGGAAAACAAACAGUGAAUCAUAAAUGUUAAACAGGUCAGUACAUUGUUGGAGCUCUUCCCCUCUGACCCGUGUGCUGUAUAUAUAGCAGAGGAGCCACUGUCCUGCUUCAAACUUACAUAUUCAUUCAGGACUUUAGAAAAGAGAAUUUACUAUAACGUUUAUAUUGAGUUAUGUGUUUCUGACCCAUCUGCUUUUGGACUCUCAGCCAAGCACUGCAUGCUGCUCUAACAGUUGGUAGUUUAGUUUGUGUGCAGCGGUAAAUGGAACAUGUAUAGUUUUAUUUUAGGAUUUUUCUGGAAGUGCCAAAACAAAUUUUCAACAGUAGUACACUGUAUUGUAAGAUUAUUUCCACAGUAUAGUAGAGUAGAUAUUAGAAUAUGCCAAAGUGAUAUUUUAUAGACGACACACAAUCUUUUUACUUUACACAUUUUAAGGUAGUCCAGACAAAAUUGCAUUUCUUAUGAAUUUGCCAGAUGUUUAUUUUGAAAGAAAUAAACUUGUAAGUCGAGUUGGUUGUACUGCGUCUGUAGCAAAUGUCCAGUUAAUAA